GCUGUUGGGUAAACAGCUGACCGGCAGGCAGUUGCAUAAUUUUGAAAUAAACAUCCAGCCGGAAUCCAGGAGCCAUGAAAAGAGGCUGCCGGGCGCUGCUGCGCCAAGUGAGGCAGUGCUCCACUUCGACAUCCUUGCAACAAACGCAGCCAGCUCCACCACAGGCUGGCAGGAAUGGAGACCGGACUGACAGCAGACCACGUGCCAGCACAUUUAUGCAAAGGAUUCAACAGGGGCCCGGGUUGCAGGAUUUCUUUGCUGCCAAACCAGUUUCGAGGUUCAAGCCAGAGGAGGGCGAGCUCGUGGACACCAGUGUUCCCUACUUGAAGCCCAUUGACUUCCAUGGCCAGGGAAGGAAAGUGCACUUCGAAGUCUUCGGCUGCCAAAUGAACACCAACGAUACGGAAGUCGUGUGGAGUGUGUUGCGGGAAAACGGCUACGCAAGGUGCCAGGACCCGGAGGACGCUGACAUCAUCAUGCUAGUCACCUGCGCGGUGCGGGAUGGGGCUGAGCAGAGGAUCUGGAACCGACUGAAGCACCUCAGAGCCAUGAAGAGCAAACGGAGUCCCCGGAGGCACCCACUCCAGCUUUCGGUGCUCGGCUGCAUGGCGGAGCGGUUGAAGGAGAAGCUGCUGGAGAAGGAGCAGUGCGUCGAUGUGAUAGCUGGCCCAGACAGCUAUAAGGAUUUGCCUCGCCUCCUAGCCAUUUCCCGACAUUACGGCAACUCCGCCAUCAAUGUGCUGCUCUCGCUGGACGAAACUUACGCUGAUGUGAUGCCGGUGCGACUGAAUUCCGAAUCGCCCACCGCAUAUGUUUCCAUCAUGCGUGGCUGCGACAACAUGUGUACCUACUGCAUUGUACCAUUCACCCGAGGCCGCGAGCGAUCCAGGCCCUUGGAGUCCAUACUAACAGAGGUCCGAGCAUUGCAGGAGCAAGGCGUGAAGGAGGUAACUCUCCUGGGGCAGAACGUGAACUCCUACAGGGACGGGGGCACCAGCCAGGAAAAAGAUCCCAAUUCCGUGCCGGUGCCUGGCUUCAAAACUGUUUACAAACCCAAGUCUGGAGGCAUAACUUUUUCCCGUUUGCUACGGAGCGUGGCCGAAGCCGUUCCCGAAAUGCGCAUCCGCUUCACCUCUCCGCAUCCGAAGGACUUCUCAGACGACGUCCUAAGAGUUAUCAGGGACUAUCCGAACGUGUGUAAGCAGCUGCAUUUGCCGGCGCAAUCGGGCAACACCAAAGUUCUGGAGAGGAUGAGGCGCGGCUACAGUCGAGAAGCGUAUCUGCACCUGGUCGACCGCAUCCGAUUGUUCCUGCCAAAUGUCGGUCUAUCCAGCGACUUCAUAUGCGGCUUCUGCGGCGAGACGGAGGAGGAGUUCCAGGACACCGUUUCCCUCAUCCAGCAAGUCCAGUACAACGUAGCCUACCUCUUCGCUUACAGUAUGCGUGAGAAAACCACCGCCCACAGAAGAUUCAAAGACGACGUCCCGUUGUUAGUGAAGAACGAAAGACUCAAACGCAUGGUGGAGGUGUUCCGAGCCGGUGCCACAGAACUACACAAAAAAAUGGAGGGCCAUGAGCAACUCAUCCUAAUAGAGGGCAAGAGCAAGCGCUCUGCCUCCCAUUGGUUCGGACGCAACGAUGCCAAUAUUAAGGUCAUUGUCCCCGCAGGCAAGCCCCUCGGGUCAGACCAGCCUAUCCAGAUUGGCGACUUUGUAGUCGCGCACAUUGAGGAGUCGAACUCGCAGGUGCUCAAAGGCAAGCCAUUGGCAAUUACCAGUAUCUCGAACUACGCAAACAGCUCGAAAUAGACAGACAAAAAAUAAAAAUCCACUGUACCUUAA